CUGCCUGCUCCCCGUGGCCUUUGGAGGCUCGGUGAGUCGGCUCCAAAUGUUUUCCAUAUUUGUUCAGCCUCCAUAAUUCGAAUACCAGGGCAGGCCGAGUCCGCCUUGCGCCGCGCUCCAGGGUCCAGGGCCCCGCACACGCAUCACCCACCCAGCCACGCAGCGCCAUGGGCAAGAACAAGCAGCCCCGCGGCCAGCAGAGGCAGGGGGCGCCGCCAGCCGCGGACGCCGCUGGGCCCGACGACAUGGGGCCGAAGAGGGGCACGGGGGCCCCCAAGGAGUGCGGGGAGGAGGAGCCUCGGACCUGCUGCGGCUGCCGGUUCCCGCUGCUGCUCGCCCUGCUGCAGCUGGCCCUGGGCAUCGCCGUGACCGUGGUGGGCUUCCUCAUGGCGAGCAUCAGCUCCUCCCUGCUAGUCAGGGACACUCCAUUUUGGGCUGGGAUCAUUGUCUGCUUAGUGGCCUAUCUUGGCUUGUUUAUGCUUUGUUUCUCAUAUCAGGUUGAUGAACGGACAUGUAUUCAGUUUUCUAUGAAGCUGUUAUACUUUCUGCUGAGUGCCCUUGGCCUGACAGUCUGUGUGCUGGCUGUGGCCUUUGUUGCCCACCACUAUUUGCAGCUCACACAGUUUACCUGUGAGACCACACUCGACUCUUGCCAGUGCAAACUCCCCUCCUCGGAGCUGCUCAGCAGGACCUUUGUUUACCGGGAUGUGACGGACUGUACCAGCGUCACUGGCACUUUCAAACUGUUCUUACUCAUCCAGAUGAUUCUCAAUUUGGUCUGCGGGCUUGUGUGCUUGUUGGCCUGCUUUGUGAUGUGGAAACACAGGUACCAGGUCUUCUAUGUGGGUGUCAGGAUGUGCUCCCUAACAGCUUCCGAGGGGGCCCAGCAAAAGAUAUAACAUUCUUGCUCAAAGUUGCAAGAGAAAAUAGCACACGGAUAGCUGAGGUUGAACAAAAGAAUUUUCUAAACAAAGAAAGGAAAAAAAUUGACAAUAAACACCAUUCACUGUUCUAAAUGAAUAUUUUUAUAUUUUUAUGAAACAGAGCAUUUCUUCAGGUUUCUAUUGUAUUUUUUUAACAUUCUUUCAGAGAAAGCAAGAUCCAAAUUGAUUUUGGGAUAUUAAAAGAACACUGAACAAGGAAAGAAUGGCAUAGAUCUAUCCUUACAGUCUGGAGCUGAUUCCUGUUAUUCAUUUUAUCCAUGACUUACAUAAUCUUCUUUCCUGCUAGUCCAGUUUGAUGGUGUGAAUGGUGAAUUUCAGGCCCAGUUGCUAAAUUUUGUGGCAUCUUCCUUUGGUUCUCCCCACCUCCAGUCAUCAGCCCCACUCUGUCUUGGAGACAGGCAGGAGGUGGGGGAAGGGCUGAAUCUCUUUAUUUCCCCUGGUAGAGAUGUCUUUAAGGCAUGAAAUAGCUUAAAGAGCAGCGUAGAAACGGAAGAGGCUUUGCAAAAGGCUAGAUAAUUAUAAACACCUGGGUUGGGGCGGCGGCCUCUUCUCUUCAGCUCCCUUAGCUUGGCUCUGUAAGUAGAUCACUUGCUAAAUGCUUUAGAUGAUUGCCUCUCAAUAAUUGAAAGGUGGUGGUAGUUGUAUUCUUAAUGAUGUAGAAGGUUUAAAAAUAAUUACAUUAUGCUUCUAUUCUAUCAUCUAAAACAAAUCAUUAAAACUAAUUUCUAGCUAAUUGUUAAUUAUAAUUAUGCUCAGAAGUCUAUUUAAUGAGCUCUGGCUGUACUUACGCUGCACUGUCAGUGUUAAGAGAAAUUACUCUCACAAGAACAGAGGCCUAAAGAUUCUUUCUUCUGAAAGCCAAGCACCACAAGGAAAAAAAAAAUUUGUAUUAAUAGCGCAGGUUAAAAACACUCAUUUAAACAAAAACAAGAGCAUUUGUAAUAGGAAGUGUUUAUACAAAUAGCACAUUUGUGAUAUGUAGAAAAGUAUCUCUCUUGGCAACCAAUCUAUGUUUGAGGAAGAUUAGGUAAUGCUGACGUGUUCCAUUCAAGGGACUGUAUUUGAUACAUAAUCCUAUUAUUAAUUCGUAUGCUUAGUCAACCUAGAAAAUCAAAAUGAUGUUUUGAAGUUCUUAUUUGAGCAAUAUAGCCUUGACUUGGAGGGUAGUUCUAGUUGUUUUGUUUUUAAGUGACUAUGACUUAAAGCACAAAGCCUCAAGGCCAGGAGACUUCUCUCUGUGAUUAUUGCUGUUACUACAUUCUGAACUGUAUCCAUAUUUUAAGGAACAAGCUAAAAAUGGAAAUUCAUGAAACAUAAAUGGUAUCAAGAACUUUUUCUAUCAGCAUGCUUUGUUGAAAGCAGAAAUUAAGAUAAUAAUUGAGUUCAAUUCACCUCUCCACAUUGCCUAUGGAUGUACUUUACUAAUCAUGAGAUUCUACCCUAAAAGAAAAACAUUUCUUGUUUGUCUUAGAAGAAAGUGGAAUAAUUCCAUUGAUUGUGAUAAUGGUGUCAGUUUCUACACAAUAUAAAUAUCCAAGUAAAAACGAAAGCAUUAAGUCAGUAAGCUAGAGGAUUGUAAGUAUCUUUUAUGUCCUCUAGAUAAAACACCCAAUUAACAGAUGUUAAACCUUUUAAUGUUUUGAUUUGCUUUAAAAAUGGCCUUCCUACACAUUGGCUCCAGUCAAAAAGACAUGUUGGAGAGCUUAGUGGGUAAGUCUCCAGAGGAGAACCGAUCACACGCAGAAGUUACACCAACAGAAUACCAAGCAGAAUGAGGACUUGAAAAAUAUCUUUUUUUUUUUUAAAGCCAGCAACUGAAUCCAUUUUGAUUUUUGUUAAGAGUUUCCUAUACAAAGAAGAAAAUGACUGAGAAUCUAGAAUGUCGUAGGCCAUCCUUUAAAGAGUAAGUAGUAGCACUUUAAUGCUGGUAACCGUGAAUUGGGCACCACUGAAAGCACCUCCUGAAUUUCUUUAGCAAAAACAUUUUAUAGUGAACACCACAAGUUUUUAUAUUUAAAAAUUAAGACUGCAUAUCCUUAAGGUGCUCUAUGCUUUACCAGUGAAUCACAGGGUAUUUCAAAUGGUAGAAUCAUUUUAGCUUGUGUGCUUCCUUUUUCUAAAUAAUGCAACCAAUAAGAGCUGACAUUGUAAUGAGCUUCAUAAUAGUAUAACCAUCAGGAUAUAUAUAUUCAUAUAUACUAUACAUAUAUAAAAUGGGGAUAUUAAUAUUGUCUGAUUAAAUCGAAGUUCCCUGAAGAGAGAAAAAAAUCAUGUGAAUAGAAAAAACUAAACAAAAAAGAAAGAAAAAGAAAGAGAAAGAAAGAAGAAAGAAAGAAGAGAAAGGAAGAAUAAAGAGAAAGAAAAGAUUCCAUUGCUAUGAGCUCGCUGUAUAUUGAUAUGUAUAAGAAUUGUGUUGCGUGAAUAACUGCUUUGGGCUGGAUUUGAAGUAUUUUGAUGUUGUGUUUUGCAAAUAUUGAAGUUACAAUAAUGGCAACAGAAAAGGAACAGAUACACAGCUUUACACUUAGCAAAAUGUUACAUUUAAAAUCUGACAAGGAGCCAAGAUGGUGACUGUCUCCUCUAAACCAUGAAAGAGUAAGAUUUGCACAACCCUCCUCUUCUUCCACCUCCUUCAAGAGAAUUAAAUGAAUCAAGACUUUGGAAAGACGGGGAAGAACCAGGACUUGGCAGUACUUGAAAUAGGAGGAUACAGCAGCCUAAAUGUACAGACUUUGUAGCCGAGCCCACUCGAUCAGUCUGUGCCUUCACGUGACCACCAUCUGUGCCUCCCUGGCUCCAUCCAAAUUUGUGUAGGCUGCUCCUUGGAGCCAUGCCUAAAAUAUAGCUACACCAGAGCCCUGGAAACUGUAGUCAAGUAACAGGCCUCACUUUUUUUUUCCUUUGGAUUAAAAAUAUAUAUGCUCUCUACUUAGUGGUUUCCAGCUUUACACUUCAAUGGGUUGUUCAACAGUGAGAACACAUUAUAUACAUGUUUUCUAUUCAUGUCCAGGGCAUGAGAAUCUUAAUAUUCUCAUACUUCCCUUUUUGCACGCAGUAUGUCUGGAAUAUGUUUAUAAAUUUUAGCAAAGGGUGAGAUCAAGUGACAAGGGUAGAGAGGUUAUUUAAAGAUAAUGAGAAAUGAACUUAAAAGCUGCUCUGCAAAACCAAUCCUUUCCUAUCAUGAAGAGAACCCUCGUAUUUUCUGGAGAUUGUCUCUGAACCAUUGCUACAAAGCCAUGAAUUUCUAUAAAUCAUGUUGGCUCUCAGUUAUUACUGUUUUCUGAGAAUUCUAUCAUGUUUUUAGAUGUACGUUGUGUAUUUAGGAUAGCAUUAAAAAUAACUGAUGGCAAAUGUAUUGACUCACAGUGGAAACAUUUGUUUGGAUGAAGAAUUAGUGGUUUAGCCUUUGAAAUGAAUACCUUGAAUCGUUUCUUCUGAUUUUCUAGUACUUUAUUAUCUCAAAUGAUUAUUAUCCCCUUCAAAAAUACUGGGCUGUACUUUGGUGUUGUGGUUUUAUUUUUCUGGCAUUGAUUAAAUAGCAAACACAAAAUAAAGUGUUUCUACAUGUUUGAGGGGGUUGUUUUUAAACAGGAUAUGUGUAAUGCAGGUUUUCUUUAUUAAUAAAAUUUUCAUAAUCUCUGAAAA